UACAAAAAGGUGCGGGGUUGUUGGGUCAGAAAGGAGGAACAACAGUCCUUGGGGGAGGAUGUGAAAGACGAGACCUUCCCAGGAAAGCAUGAGAGAGGGGAGAGACGACAGUAUGGUUAGAGACCUCUCUGUGCUGCAUCAUGGAAGGACUGGGACAGGAGAGACCCACAGGCAGCUCUAGGCCCUUCCCAUGGCUCAACCCCCCCAAAACAGAGGCCUCAUUGCUGCUGUGGAAGCUCACAGACUGCUUCCCCACCAAUGAGACGAGCCCUGCUCAUCAGGCAGACAAAGAAAACACUUACAUGGAUAGCAGAAAGGCCGUGCUGGAACUGAAAGAUGUUCCUCCUCCUCCUCCUCACCAUACAUCCUCUUCCCAAUCAUCCCAGCCCUUCUCUCUGGUCCCUCUCCCAAUGCCUCCUCCCUGCUUGCCUCCUCCUUCGCUUGCACAAGACUCCCACCAGCAACCACUACAAUCACAGCUGCAACAUGAGGGGGCUAGCCCUAAAGUAAGCAUUUACUCGCACUGUGACUAUUGCAGCACGGAUGGCUAUGGGAUGGCUAUUGGCAGUGGAAGUGUUGUUGGUACCAGCAGCAGCAGCAUUGCUGGUAUGGUCUCGCUCUAUAUGGCCCCAGGCUCUAUAGGAGCACCCAUCAGCACCAGCAGUAUUGGCAGGUCAGGCCCUUGCACUGUUACUUCAUCUGUUCAUCAGUAUAAACAACACAUUAGCUGCAGAAGUGGAAGUGAAGCUCUUGAUUCUUUGCCCACUCUUGGUUACAAACCUCAGCUGUCCUGUUCUGUAGCUACCUCUCAGCCCGUUUCAUCACAACCCUACCUCUCCUGCUGCUCAGGGCUUCUCCACACAUACCCAGCUGUACCUCUUACAUGCAGUCAAUCCAGCCUGUUUCGCCCCUCAGCACCCCUGGCUUCCUCUCUCCCCUGUGUGUCCUCUCUACCCACUCCCUUGCAUGGCUCUUGCCUCACCUCUUCUGGCUACUACACCUGUGGUGGGGACUGCUGCCCAUCAGCCAGAAGAUCCCAGAGAACCACACUCGGUGAUCAGCCAACCAUCACCACUACAACCACCUCAGCACACUUCUGCUCUAAUCCUAUGCACCUAAAUGUAGAACGCACGGUUUGUGUGAAGGGGGCACACUACUGCCAGGAGUGCCUGUUGAAGCCCAUCAAUGGCCUGGCAUCAGACUCAGAAAAGGUAUGGCCAAAUGCACCUAUUCCGCCGACUGCUCCUAUCCCCAUUCCUAUUUGUAAUGGCUGUGGCACCACCUCUGACGGCAUGAUGCUCAUGCCAUCAGCCAGCCUUGGCAAGACUGGCCAGAAGUAUGGGUCUCCAGAGAAUGGCGGUCCUGAAAACAUCCCUCCGGUGGGCGUCUUCUGGGACAUUGAGAACUGCAGUGUGCCUAGUGGACGCUCUGCUGGAGCUGUGGUCCAGCGUAUUCGCAGCCAUUUCUUUCAAGGCCACCGUGAGGCAGAAUUCAUUUGUGUCUGUGAUAUCAGCAAGGAGAGUAAAGCUGUCAUCCAAGAGCUAAACAACUGCCAGGUUACUGUUGCACAUAUCAACGCCACAGCCAAGAAUGCUGCAGAUGACAAGCUUCGCCAGAGCCUACGACGCUUUGCUGAGACCCACACUGCACCUGCAACUGUUGUACUAGUAUCCUCGGAUGUGAACUUUGCAAGUGAGCUGAGUGACUUGCGUCAUCGCCAUGGUUUCCAGAUAGUCCUGGUCCAUGGCAGCCAUACGUCUUCAGCCCUACUGCAGCAUGCCCACCGCCACGUGGCCUUCCAGGAGAUGACAGCCGAUCUGCCACCACGUAUGCUUGUCAAGGCACAGCCCAGUUUCAACCUCCUCUAUGUGCACAACCUCCCUGUCAACUGUGACAAGAGCCUACGGAACGCCGUGAAGCUCAGGCUACGCCGCCUAUCAGACAACUGUGGUGGCAAGGUGCUUGGCAUGGCCCAGGGCACAGCAGUCCUCCGUUUUGGCAGCAUUGAGGCAGCUGCCCGUGCCCGCAAGCGAAUGGAAAAUGAGGAUGUUUUUGGGCGCCGAAUCAGCAUCUCCUUCUCCCCACGGCCCAGAGACGAUGCAAGUCCUGAGCCUGAGCUUCAGUCUCAGCCCCAUCACUUGACUCUGCCCCAGACCUAUCAAAACCAGGAUUUAAUGUUCGACCCACCCCCAUCCCUAUGCUCCUCCUCCUUUCUGCCCCUGGGGAUGCCGAGGUCACCCAGGAGGCCACGGCGAGCAACCCGCCGGUGCCAUGCCACUGGCCCAUUGCCUGAAAGGCCCUACAGCCCCAGGAGAGGGUGCAGUGGGCCUCCCGGUGGUGCUCCAGCCAAGCCCCAUCAGGAGCUGGGUAGUUUGGAGGGCAAGCCCAGAAUGAGCUUCCACCACCUGGAGAAAGGACGUGCUGCUUCCUCUUCCCCCCACGGUAAUGGGGAGACAGGAGCCAUGGAACAGCUGUCCAAGCCUGGCCUCGCUGGAGAAUCUAUGUACAGGAGGAGAAGAGAGGGCUCCUACCCUCGCAGUGUGACUGAAUCCCCUGCAGAUCAAGCUGACAGGAGCUCAGGGGAGUUCCAGAUCAGCACACCUUCAGCCUUCAGCAAGUUGAACCUUCACAGGAGCUUCAGUCCCCUCAUCCUGUCUCAGGGCUCCUGGUCAUCCAGGAGUGCAUCGCCCUGCCUGUCCAGCCGGUCCUCACCCCUCCUGGCAGCCACUCGUAGCCCGUGUCCCGAAGGUCCACCUGAACCUUUCUCAGAUGGGGCAGAGGUCCAGGUGGCCAACCUGGACUACAGAAUGUCCCGCAAGGAUCUGCAGCAGACUCUGCAUGACACCUUCGCCCGUUACGGACGGGUGAAAACGGUGGAGCUUAGCCCCCACACUGACUAUCAGCUGAAGGCCACAAUCCAGAUGUUGUCCCUGCAGCAGGCCAUUAGUGCCGUCAGUGGCCUGCACCGUUAUAAGAUCGGAGGCAAGCGCAUUCAGGUGUCUCUGAUCACUGGUGGUAGCAACAAAUCCUCGCCAUGCUCAGCUUUUUAAUUAUACAGCACGGAGAUCAUCAGCAUUCUUCACGAUGCACCUGCCAAUUGCCUUCCCCUCUUCAAGUUUACAGAGAUCUAUGAAAAAAAAUAUUCCCGUAAGCUUAUGGUUGGGGAUCUGUACAGGCUACCAGAGGUGGUGGCAGUGCGGGAACAGGGAGGCUCGAGGCUUGUGUGCCUGCUGCCCAGCAGCCAAGUCCGUCAGAGUCCACUUGGAUCUUCCCAGUCCCAGGAGGGCUCCUCCUCUGCUAGCGGCAGCCCCGUGGUGUUUGAGGAGCUGGAGUACCAUGAACCUGUCUGCAGAGAACACUACACACAUCGGGACUUUAGUGAGGCUGACUUUGACCCUGACUCUUAUAAAAUACCUUUUGUUGUGAUGUCUCUGAGCACCAUAGCAUCUGAGGUCCACAGUCUUUUGCAGUCACAUGAGGGAACUCUUCCAUUACUCAGUUUUCCAGACUGCUAUUCAGCAAAAUUCAGCCAUCUACCGCUUGGUAAUGAGACACUGGAGGGUGGUGUUCCUCUGGAGCACCUCAUUACCUGUGUUCCCAGUAUCACAAUUGUCACAGCUCAGAAUGGCUUUAAAGUCAUCAAGUGGAUCCACAACAAACCACCAGCACCAAACUCUGAGCCAUGGAUUCAGCGCUGCAAGAGUCCGGUUGGCAACCCACAGCUCAUCCAAUUCAGCCGUGAGAUUAUUGACUUGUUGAAGAGUCAGCCUUCUUGCAUCAUGCCCAUGAGCAAGUUCAUACCUUCAUACCACCAUCACUUUGCCAAGCAGUGCCGUGUCUCUGACUAUGGCUACUCCAAGCUGCUGGAGCUACUGGAGGCUGUGCCUCAUGUCCUGCAGAUAUUGGGUAUGGGUACCAAGCGUUUACUGACUCUGACUCAUCGUGCUCAAGUGAAGCGCUUCACCCAAGACCUGCUCAAACUACUUAAAUUUCAAGCCAGCAAACAAGUGUCAAUCAAGGACUUCAUGCAGGCAUACCAUUGGUGCUUCUCUAGAGACUGGAGGAUAAUCGACUAUGGCACAUGUGACCUGAUGGACCUGUUGACUGAAAUCCCAGACACCACCAUCACUAUUGCGCAUCAGGACAUGGAUACAGUGAUCUCUGUUCCCAAGAGAGAGCGUACAGUGGAGGAAAUGGAGCGCACUAAGCAGUUUGGGAAGGAGGUGGUGGACCUUCUUCGUCACCAGCCUCACUGCCGAAUGGCCUUCAGUAAGUUCAUCCCCACCUACCACCAUCACUUCGGACGUCAGUGCAAACUCAGCUACUACGGCUUCACCAAGCUCAUGGAGCUCUUCGAGGCAAUCCCCAACAUACUGAUGGUGUUGGAGUGUGGUGAAGAGAAAGUGCUGACUCUGACGGAAGUGGAGCGCAUCAAGGCUUUGGCGGCUCAGCUGGUCAAGCUGCUUCGGGCUCAGAAGAACUCCAGCCUUCCUGUCAGCCAGCUGCUCACGGAGUACAGCAAGACCUUCGGUUAUGGUCUCCGCCUGCAGGACUAUGAUGCCAGCUCCCUGCCGACUCUGCUGGCCAAACUCUGCCAUGUUGUCAAGGUGGCUGAUGGCUCAGGAUGCCGGGAAGUGCAGUUGAUCAACAGGAAGUCUUUGCGCUCACUGACAUCCCAGCUACUGGCUCUGCUCAUGUCCCAAGAGGAGGAGCAAGUCACCAGGGGUCUCAAGGUGGAGGCGCUGAGCCAGCAUUACCUGACUGUCUACGGAGCCCCGCUCAACCCAUGUGAAUAUGGGUUCCUCUCUCUCAGCGAGUUACUCAAGAGCCUGCCCUACCUUGUGGAGUUGUACCAUGAAGAAAAUGAUGACGACAACAACAACGCUGGCAACCCUGCCAGUAGUUAUGGUGAGGAGUGGGUGAGGCUAACCAGACUUUACCAGUUUGCCCGUAACGUACGCGGCCUGCUCCACACCUACCACUACAACCAGAUCUUCCUGACUGAGUUCCAGGGGGUUUAUAACAAAUUUACAGGCUGCAGCCUUGAACCACGUUCCUACGGAUACACCGGCACUGACGACCUGCUCAGCGCCAUUCCACAGGUGGUCUGGAUCAAAGGGCAUGGUCACAAGAGGAUUAUCGUUUUGAAGAACGAUAUGAAAGCAAGGGCAAGUCCUUCAGUCCCUUGCAGCCCCCCGCCAGGAGAGAACAUGGAGAGCCCAAGAGACAGCCCGAUUAGCAACGCAACCUCUGGAACCCAGAGUCCAGGUGGAGAUGUUUCAGCAGAAUCAGAGCUGCUUUGUCUGACGUCACCAGUAGAUCUACUAUGUGGUCCUGUACCAUCCUGCCUACCGUCACCUCAGCUCCACCCAGACCCUGUUCUCCUCCAGGACAUGGACCUGAUUCACUUUGAGGAGAAAACUCCGCCAGCAGUGAGUGAUGAACCUGAUGUGGCAGCUGUCGCUGACGGCACAUCUGAUCCGCGUCGCAGCACAUCUGACUCCGCAGUCGUCAAACCUCCUUCACCGCCGCCCAACAUGACAUGUGCCUCAUCCAUGGACAGUCCCAGCAGGAGAGCCACACGCAGCAGAAUUAAGCUAGCUGCCAACUUCUCAUUCACAGCAGGCCUAUGAUCGUUUUCACACAUGCACACAAAGCAAUACUAGCUCACACAUCGUGUAACUCUAAAUACAAGAGUUGACCAGCUACACUGAACACACAGAAGUGACCCCCAGAGGAGCAUUAGUGUUGUCCCCCGACAUCUUUUGACAGGCUGUUGCUUUCUUCUUAAUCACCCAUUGGCCAUCUUUGUUUGCUUCUUUCACAAUCCGUGAGUUCUCUGAUGUUCACCAAGCUGUGAUCUUUUUUUUUUUUUUUUUUUUUUUUUUCUUGCAGAUUUUCUGCAAUUCGUAGCCUGUGUUUGAUUUCACCUCAAGGGAAGUUAAAUUAUAUUUCCAUGUGCAUCUUCAGUUCAGAGUUUUGUUGUCAGAGAACACUUGCUGGCUUACAGUGAAUGAAGAGUCCAAAAAUGAGUUUGUUGCCACUGUAUACAGAGCAUUAGGUAAUGGGAGAAAUGCUAGGGAUGUCUAACAAAGUUUUCUAUGUUAAAUCCCCAAAAUGUAGUUGCCAACAUUUUCCGAUCACAAAAUUGACAAACAAAAGGUUUAUAGAGAUAUUUUGUUCAUGUACCAUAGAAGGAUGGAGAAACCUCCCUGCGUACUACUUCCUCGCUGUAUCUCCUGAAGAUGGAGCAUUUCAUUUAAGAAAUUCAUUUUAAAACUCCUGUUGAAUUUUGGGAGAUUUUGCCUUGUAGGUAACCAUAGACAUGUCAUCCAAACUGGUUGCUAAGCACCUGCCUGUUUCAGUCCUCUAUGGGUGAAGCCCUUACGGUUUCUAGAGAGGUAGCUUCUCUGUAAAUUCUCAUCUGUUGUCUGUUAAUUAGCCUCAGGACAGUAUUUUCAGUUCCUUUUAUAUUAUGCAGAGUAUUUAGUAGUCUGUGGGAGCGUUUGGCCUAAAGGUGUGGUGUAUUUGGUGGCAAUUCAAUGAUCUAACUGAACAUUGUUGUUUACUGUUCAGGUUUUGGCUUUUGUUAACAGAAGCUAACGGUUUUUGAACAGUUAAUGCAUCGAUGGCAAGGUUUUGAUUGAUAUUAUGACAAGCACUGCUCUCAGGAAUUUUUAUUCUUGUUGUACUUUGACUUAAUUUAUUGCAAAGAUUUUGGCUCGUCUCUUCAGGGCCACUAAAGAAGGCCUGAAAGGGAAACAGGCCGACUCUUUAAUACUCCGGCCAGAUGUGUGCUCAGGCAGCAGGAACUGAGAUAUACUUUGAUUGUUCGGCUUCAGCCAGCAGCCAGUGUGUUUGUGUUCUUUUUAGCUGUGUUUUGAGUGUGUGGUUUACACUGGAGUAGGUGGUGUGAAAUAUGCAUGGUGUGCAUAAAUGAGUUUAUGCAUGGUGUAAGCCCAGACAGGAACAGAAGAUGGUAAGACAUUCUUUAAGAUCAGUCUUUUAUUUCCACCAUGUUUUGGGGAUCUUGGAGUUGACCUCACCGUUGCAGUUGCCACAUAAAUGCUCAAGGUUUUUAGAGUUAACCUUGUUGCUGGUCAGCACCGUGUCUGUGGUGAUGUCCAUGCCUGAGUUGAAGAGUUCAAGGGGAGCAGUGAGCACUCCUCUGAGUAUUUGAUUUUUAAUGACGAGGUGAUUUGGUUGUGAGUUUUUAGGGGUAAAGAGACGAUCGGGAGGCGGUAGGCUGUUUUUGUGGAGCACCAUGGGGGCUCUGGGCAGCCUCCUGAACAGACUGUGACGUGUACUAAGAGGACCCUCUGCGGCUCUCUGGAAUCUGCCGGGCUUUUACAAUGGCUUGUAUUUGCCACGGUGCCAAAGGACUUGCCAUCGUAUCUCCCCAUCCCUCACAGCUUACAUAGAGGAGUUUUUACUUACUGGUGUGUGUUGGUUUCUCGAUUUUUCCUUUGUCUCAAGUGUUAACAAGACUGCUGGCUGCUGAACUGCCACCAAAAAAUGUCUGCUGCCAUGAAGUUAGUCUGACCGAGGCGCCACUGAAGUCUGAGAGUUGUUGUUGUUUAUGUUAAGAGAAAAGGCUCAAAGAAUGGGUAAGAGCCCAUUCAACCAGUUUCUGUCCAGGUGCAGUGUUUACCUCUUUAGCCAGUGUUAGCAGUGUUAAUAAUUUUCUUUGUCCGACUUGAUUUUUGACUUGGUAUGAAAAGCCUUUUUAAAGCUGAGAGAUUCCACCUACCAACUUUCCAAAAUAACUUGAAUACCACUCAAAAUGUUUUUAAUUAGGUCUGUUCAGGUUUCUCCUGUAAUGUUUUACUGACUGUCCAUGAUUAAGGGAUGAGUAGAUAAUAAAUUAAAAUGUAGAAAGGGGCUGAAAAUAAUUUAACUUUGGCAAUACGGAUGUAUUACUUUUUGUGACUUUGAGCAAACCCUAGCUCUCCCCAGAGUACUGCAGUGGCAACUCACUCAUGAAUAAAUGUAACUUCUCUGUUUAGCUUGCUCUCUGUUUUUGGUUAGAUCAGUGAGAAGCUAUUGUACCUGUCAAAAUAUGCACUUUUGCAUAGUUUUGGUUCAUGAAAUACAAAUGUGAAAUUAGGUAGUGGACUGGGAGGAGCUGAAACAUGUUUUUUGUGUCUUUACCUCCGUUUAACUGAAUCUGAUCUUGUCUGUCUUAAACCGUGUUCACGUUGCACAAAAACAAGAAAAGGUUUCCUUUAUUCAGCAGUGUCCUCUAAACUCCUGCCUUGUGAUUAUUUUUUGUUUACUGUCUCACUGAUGUGUCCUCCCCACCCCGACCCCCGUCACACAGUUUUACUGCCUCGCCACACUAGAAGUCACUGUAACAGUCUAAUGUUGAAGGGACCAAAAAAUAUAUAUUUCUGUUAAUAAAUUUCACAAGCAUCAAUUCUGCCUCGGCUCACUGUUUUUUGCGAUAAUCAAAUUACUCGAUAAAACAACCCAGCAUGUUCCUGAAAGAUGCUCUUUUAUUUAAACAUGUAUGUACAGGUAGUUUCAGCUUAUUUUCUGCAUAUUUGUUCAAUAUUCAACAUAAGGACCUCCAUAAAUUCACUACUACUACAGAACGCUAAGUUAUCAGAAGGAAGGUUAAGUGACAAAGAGCAACACUUUGCUUGAUACAAGUCACUAAUGUCCUAAAUACACUCAAAACAUACACAGUCUAUUGUAGGCAUUUACAAGAAGUUGCAUUCAGUUCCUGGUGUUUAUCAUAAAAACGCAAGACUAAAUUCAGAGGAUGCGUGUUGUCAGCAAUACCCAUAAUAACUGAUGUCCUACUACCACAGUCAAUAAUUCCCGGUUGCUGAUGGCGGAGAUGGCGUUAGUAGUGAUGUGGUAACUCUGGGGAAUGAGCAGGCUUAGUGGACCGUUGAGGGGUAAAGAAAUAAAAUAACACUUUACCAUGUUGAAUACAUCUUUUUAAGUUUCUGCAUGUGCAGCGGUUAACCUAGAUUAUGAAUGGGCUGUGAACUAGUGGAAACUGCUGUAAUAGGUCAUAUGCGGUGGCGUGUCAGGAAGCGUUUGCCUCUAUAGAGUGAAAAGCAAACAUAUGGCCACACAACCGAUAUGACCAGACUUUGUAGCAGCGUUGAGUCAAGUCCAUUUUCAUCAAGUGUUUUUUUGUUAACGUUCAAUGACCACCACUGAUGUUUUGAUGCCGCCAAAUCUGUAAAACCAGAAGUUAUUACAGAAACACAGAUAGAUAAAUAAAUAAACUGCUGCUCAGCUCCAGAAGAGAGAGGCUCCACUGGCUGCCAUCCCUCCCUAGCAUUGAUAUACCGAUCAUUGAAUUGGUAACCACAUUGUUUAUCCGAGCCACAUGUGAUAAAAGAGUUGUAGUCUCCUAAAAAGUGUAAGAAGUUCACUGGUUGAUGUUUAAGGGAUGAAAUGGAAGAAUAAAUACCCGUUGUCAAACAUGACUUGGUGAUGACAUGUUUUGUUUUUUUCCUGUCAGAGAACCCCAGCAUUUAUUCUUCACUUUGUGGACAUUGUGCUUGUAGUUAAUGCUUCUGCUCUUAAUAUCGACCACAUGAUCAUAGAUCUAAUGUCAUUUUAAAGAAAUGUUACAUGAUGACCCAAUCUGAUUCUAAUUUAAGACAUAUUUAUCGAAUGUUCAUUUACGGUUCCCUUUACGUCAUGUCUUCACUUACAGAAGCUCCUCAUAGUAAAGUUUCCCUCGAGCACUGACUGGGGAUCAGCUC